UUAAUUCAAAUAAAAGUAUUAAUUUCCAUUAAUGCGCGGUCGCGUCGUCGCGGAGGUUCUCCCCUAUGUAGCCUCCCGUCGGUACAUCAUGGCGGCGAUGGAGACUAUCGAAGAGGUCGAUUACAAAGAAGAAUUUGUAUUUGUUGACGAAUAUUUCCCUAUUGAUUUGCACGAGGAAGUUGUCAUUGCAGAAACAUUGGAUACUACUGAUGUGGUAACUGAACAAAGAGAAGAUCAUGAAGAAAUCAUCCAUGCAACAAAUAGUAUUUUACCUGAGGGGUAUGAUCCACUUGACCCCAAUCAAUGGGCACAGGAAGAAGUUAUCAUUGAAUCUUCUGAUACCUUUAUCAAACAAGAGGUUAUUGAAGAAGAAGAGCAGGAACAAGCUCAUGUCUAUGAAUGCUAUAAAUGUGCCAGAAGGUUCAACUUUAAGGACAAAUUGUUCAAACAUAUGAAACUCCAUCACGCUCGAGGAGAUGAUGUCAUGAUAGAAAGAGAUGGUAAAAGAAUUUGGACAUGCACACAGUGUGAUAAAACAUUUAUAUCUCGAAAGGGUUCCAUAAUACAUCAAAGGACACAUACUGGAGAGAGACCAUAUUCGUGCAGCGUUUGUCAGAAACGUUUUAUUGACAGUAGUACUCUGAUGAAACAUCAAGUAAUUCAUCAAGCUGUUCGACCGUUCAGUUGUGUCAUUUGCCACCGAGGUUUUAAUCAAAAGGUGGCUUUACAGCGUCAUGAAAGAACACAUGGGCAGCUUCAGCCAACUUUUAGAUGUAAAUAUUGUCCCAAAACUUUUCUAGUCUCCAGUAGUUUGCAAGCCCAUGAAAAAAUCCAUUCUGGUAUCAAGCCAUAUACUUGCCAAUAUUGUCCAUCACGGUUCCAUACCUCUACUGCUCAAAGGCAGCACGAAAGGGUACAUACCAAUGAACGCCCAUAUGCUUGUAAUUACUGUCCGAAAGCGUUUAAAGAUUCUGGAACCUUAUUUAAACAUCAGGUUAUACAUUCUGGUAUUCGUCCGUUUGUUUGUCCUAUUUGUUCCCAAGGCUUUACUCAGAAAGUAGCUUUAAGGAAACAUAUAAGAUCACAUGUCUCAAGGCAUGUUGGAAAUAAUUGUGAAGUUUGUGAUAAUGUUUACUUCAAUAAAGAUGAGCUUUGCAGUCAUAUAGAAGAGCAUAUAGAGCAACACCCAAGCCUUACUCAGGUAAAAUCCAUGGCAACUUCGUCCAUAAGAGUCAAACAGCAGCCAGUUAGUAGUCCCGAGCCUCAAGAACCAGAAGUAAAAGAAAGUGGAGAUUUAAGUGAUUUGGCUACUCUAUGUGAUGUUGCAAUAUCUACUGCUGGUGACCUUGCACACACUUAUCCUUGCCUUCAUUGUGGAAUGAGUUUUCGUCGCAAAAAAUCUCUGGAUUCUCAUCUUUCUAUUCACAGAACUACUUGUAAGUAUUGUGAUCGUCCCUUUCCUGACAAAAUAUCUCUUGAAACACAUGAAAGGAGAUUAUGUGCCGAAUCUACUCCUCCUCAACAAAAUGAAGACAAACUUGUUCCUGUUGUUAGAGAGCAGUACCUUAAACAUCCCAAGAGGUUUUUCUACUGUGAACGCUGUGAUAAAACAUUCAGUUCUCGUAAUGGAUAUAUCAUACACCAGCGUAGUCAUACUGGUGAACGUCCAUACCCAUGCCGGUGGUGUGAAAAGGCUUUCGGUGAUUCAGCUACUAGACAUAAACAUGAACGCAUACACACCGGAGAAAGGCCAUUUAAAUGUUCUCGUUGUCCUAGAGCUUUUAAUCAGAGGGCAGCGCUUAGGGCACACCAGGUAACACAUACUGUAGACAGAGCUUUUCUUUGCAAAUAUUGUCCCUCUAGUUUCCCCUAUUUUGCAACUUUAAAAAGACAUCAGCAAGCGUGCCACAAUGAAAUUGCUUGUCCUCUCUGUAGUAUUUCAACGAAUGAUACGAAAAAGUUACAAGCCCAUGUUGUAAAUAAACAUGUGAAUAUGGUUAAUGGCAGUAUAUCCUGUGUUCUUUGUGAAACAGGAAUGUUUACUGAUCCUGAUGAAUAUAGUGAACACAUUGUUUGGCAUGGAAAACAACAAGCAUCCAACGCAAACAAACCAAGGACACCCACAAGAAGAAGACAAGUCCUUAGGAAGAAACCUAUCAAGGAAGAAGUGGAAGAAGAACCUGUAGAACAAGUCAUCGAGCAAACCAUCGUUACGGAUGACUUUCCAAUAGUUGAAGGAGAUUAUACUUGUGAUAUGUGUGGAAUAAUGUACCAGGAUAAAGAUCAGUUAAAAGAGCACAUUCCUAUUCACUUUUAAAUAAUCUAUGUUACUGAUUAUAGAUUCGAUAAAAGUUUCACAAUCAUCACGCUUCCAUCAGUGCUUGAUCUUUUAUUGGUUUUUAUAUCAAAUCUUAGUGCCUUAUCUUUCCUCCAGAAAGGCUCUGUUACCAAAAAUUAUAAACUAAGAAAAAUACUUAAAUUUGAAAACUUUUAUAUUGCAAGUAUGAUUUCAAAUAACAAUCAUAUGUUAUUGUAAUUUUUAAUAUCACUGAAUUUGACCCUUUCUAUUUAAUGUAGGAAGUAGGUCCAAUGGAUUGAUGUUCUUGUAUGUUUUUUUUGAGUAUAUAAUUAAUAACUUACAUAAGUUGUGUAAAUUUUAUAAAUUGUAUAUUAUUGCUAUUUAAUAAUAAAAUUAUUAAAAUCUACUUAUUUUUAUUGGCAUGUUUAGUGUAUCAGAUGCUUUUUUCGAGAAAAGCUAUAUUUGUAAAUUAUUUUAAGUAGGUAGCUAAACUUAUUUUAGUUCGACUUCUGAUUAUGUAUGUAGAAUAUUUAUACAAAUAAAAUUCUACAAUUUAGUAGCUAAUGUAAAUAAAAGUAUAUUAUUAGUAUAGAUUGUAUAUUUCAUCAGUGGACAAAUUUUUAGUUAAAUUAAGUAAAAUUAAAAAAAAUAAAAUAGUAUAUAAUAUAUAAAUUUCCUUCUAAAUAUUGAUGUCAAUAAAAUUUAAAUAUGAUUUUAGUGUGAUUGUUUACCCUUAAUUUGCCCAUAUGAUUAUUUUUGGAAAUCACUAAAAUUAUGAGUAGGCACAGUUAUUUUUGGUUUUUCAAUUCACAUAUUUAAAUUAAAAAGGUUUAUGUCUCAAAAGGUCAUAUAAUGGAUGGCGACGGUAUUGAAAAAGAGUACGGAUUUGCAGUAUACAUCAAUCCGAACCGAGAAAAGUUAGAAUCGAAACGAGACCUUGAUGUCGGAAUCCUAGAAGAUGUUAUCCGUAACCUGAAACCUAUUGGCCCUUGGAGAGUUUCGAAAACAUGGUGCGGACUUCUUGCAGCUUUUUGUAUGGAGAGCGACGCUUUGGAUCUCUUAAAUACCCCUCUUAAAGGAACGUUUGGGUCAUCUGUCCAGCUAGCCAAAUUUUGUAAUAAAGAUGUGAGGAGCAAACAGGUAUUACUUCUGAGGGAUGUCCCUUGGGCGGUGCCUCUUCUGGAAAUAAAAGCUACCCUCGAGAAGCAAGGGAUCUUUCCCCUUUCCAUUGAACGUUUAAGACAGAAUAUUAAAAUAGAAGUGUCAGAUACUGCACAUUAUGACACACUCUUGAGAAAUGGACUUGACUUCUUUGGGGUUACGAGAUUUUCCGCUGUUCCUGAGAGAUGGCGGAGACCAGCAACAGAUUUACCCCCCGACUCAGUUAUACAAUGUUAUAGAUGUCAGAACUUCUGGCACAUCGCAGCGCAUUGCAACUUGCCGGCCAGGUGCGUGCGGUGCGGAGGACCCCACUCGGUGGAGACCUGCCCGCGGCCGAGGAGCGACCCGUUCUGCUGCCAGUGCGGCGGGCCCCACCAUGCCGCCUACCGCCACUGCCCCGUCAGGCUUCAGCUAUCAACUAGUCCUUUAAGUUAUCCUAUGCCUGUUGCCAAUAGCAAAGAAAUGAGUAACCUGUAAAUGUGUAUCAAAAUAUAAAGUAUUAAAACAUCCACUCAUUCGAAAUUAUUUGCGGACAUUUAUAGUUUUAUUUUUUAAAUUAAAUAUUGAGAUGUA